AUGCCUACCACUAUAUUGUCCUCGACUUAUUCCCAUAAGGGAAGGGGAAUGGAACUAUCGGAAUUAAUAGUUUAUGAUGGCAGAUUACUUACUUUUGAUGAUCGUUCUGGAAUGAUAUUUGAAAUAAUAAAUAACAAAAUGGUGCCAUGGGUAAUACUCUCAGAUGGAAAUGGACAUAAUGAAAAAGGUUUCAAAUCUGAAUGGGCAACAGUCAAAGAUGAAGUGUUGUAUGUAGGGUCAAUGGGUAAAGAAUGGACCACGGCUGGAGGAGAUUUUGAGAGCUAUGACCCUAUGUGGGUAAAAGCUAUCAACAUGCAUGGAGAGGUACAACAUUUAAGUUGGGUGCACCAAUAUAAAGCUGUUCGACUCUCAGCUGGCAUAAAGUGGCCUGGAUACAUGAUCCACGAGUCAGGAGUUUGGUCUCCUUUUAAGAAAAAGUGGUAUUUUUUACCGAGGAGAUGCAGUCAUGAAGCUUAUAAUGAAACAAGGGAUGAAAUUAUGGGUUGCAAUUACAUGAUCAGUGCUGAUAACAGUUUCAAAAACAUUAAAGCUACUGAGAUUGUCAAACUUCAACCAAAACAUGGUUUCUCAUCAUUCAAAUUUAUACCUGGCUCAAAAGAUGAAGUUAUAGUUGCAUUAAAAACUACCGAGUUUGAAGGCAAAACCGCUACAUACAUUACUGCAUUCAAAACCGACGGAACAAUAUUACUGCAAGAUACGUUAGUUGAACAUCUCAAAUAUGAAGGUAUUGAAUUUAUA